AUGGCUCCUUCAGCAAAUGGGAAUGGUGUCACUAGUGAUACCGUUGGUAAUGGAUCAGUUAAUGGCCCAAAACACACUGGUGAUUCAGGUAUUGAUACUAUCCAAUUAGAAAACUUAUUGCUAAGGGAUGAGGAUAUUUUCCAGACGUCGUUGAAUUCCGAAGAUUAUCUUGAAAGUUUAGCACCAAUAAUAAAAGGUGCCUUGAAAGUGAAUGGGUUGGCAGAAUUGAUUCAUAAGUUGAAUGAUAUUGUUAAGGAUAAAGAUGAAGAAUUGAAUGAUUUGUCAUUGAAUUCAACUAAUAAUAUCAAUUCUUGUAUUGAUUCCAUUGAUCGAGUGAAUUUCGAAUCGACUGAUUUGAAUAAAAACUUGGUUCAGGUCAGUAGUAUACUUAAUAAAUCAGUUUAUGAAUUGAUGUCAAGAAAGAAAAGUUUAAUCAAGUCAAAAGAAACUACUAGUAAGAUCAACGAAACAAACGUUGUUCUUAGUUUAUGUAUUCAAGUCUUGGAAAUCACUAAUAAGAUUCAUGAAUUGAUUAAACAACAUAAGUAUUUCAGCGCAUUAAAAUUAAUUGAUGAAUUAACAAAUAUUCAUUUACCAAAAGUGGAAAACUUCAGUUUUGCAAUCAAGAUUUAUGAUUCAAUUCCUCAUUUAACUAAAAUGAUAAAAGAUGAAUCAUUUGAAAGUUUAUGUCGAUGGCUUUCAAUAUUACUGGAGAAAAAAAUACGUGAUCUUGGACCAGUUUUAUUUGCUAAUUUACAAGAUUUGCAAGAGAAUUGGGAUAAGAUUCGUAAAAAUAAAGAUAAUACCACUUUUCUAGCUCAUAGAUUGAACUCUCCUACAGAAUUAGCAAUGAGAGAUCCAAUGUUUAAUUAUGAUUUGACUGAAGAUGAAGAAAUGGGAGUUGAUUUGACAGAAUUGUACGAUGCUAUUUUAGUUUAUCAAACUUUAAAUGAGCUCAAUUUACUAUCUCAGCUUUAUCAUAAAGAAUGGUUGAAAAGAUACAAUAGAGUUAUUUAUCCAAUCACUUCGUCAGUUAGCAAUGAUCAUAAGUAUAGCGAGACGAUUGCUUCGUUCCCAUCAACAGAAAGUUUGGCUGAAUAUUUAAAGAAGAUCUCAGCAUUCUUUGUGGCCGAUAAGCAAAUUAAUCUAGCCACUAAAUUUCAAAUAAGAAAUAAUCAUGCAUCUAAUGAUUUAUGGGAAUCCUAUAUUAUUAAAUUAAAACCGGUCUUACUAAAUCACUUGCAUGCAAAUAACUUCAAUUUAGACGAAUUAACGGAUUAUAAAGACCUCAUUGGGAAUUUCUUACAAAUUAUGGAAAAUCAUCAUUAUAAGACAAUUGAAUUAUAUGAAAUUUUGGUUAUUAUCUUUAGAGAUUAUUUUGGUCCUGAGCUAAUCCAACAAUUCCGUCUUGAUUUUAACGAGUCCAUUCAAUCCGAUCAUUAUAUGCCGCUCGUGGUCAACGAUAAGCAAGAUUAUGAUAACGUUAUGAAAAUUUGCUGGUAUAAGGAUGAUGCUUCAUUUGCCCCUCAAAAUGUUAAAUCAGUACCGAUUAGUUUCCCUUUCAGUGAGGAUUAUGUGCAUUAUUGUUUGGGUAUAAGAUCUUUACUAGAAGACAUCUUGGAUUUUAUAAGUCAGCAUUAUAAUACUGAUUUAAGUGAGUUAAAUAAUAUUAUUGUGAAUGACAUUUUUGAAAAAGUUCUUGGUGAUCGUGCUGGAAUCGGUAUUAGCAGCGAUAUUAAAGAGUUUAUUCAAAGAAACUCAAAUAAUAAGGAAAUCAUUGCUCAAAGUUAUACAAACUUGGAAUACUAUUUAUUCAGUUUAUAUGAAAUUGGUAAAUUAAUCAAUCGUCGUUUAAGAGCAUGCAAUGGGAUUGGUAUCCAUAAUAUUGACGUAAAUGGUACAUUUACUUUGAAAGCAAUUGAUUUGUUUACUCAAGUAAGAAAAUUCUCAGAGGAUGCAAUUUUCAACAUGGUUGAUCAAAAAAUUAGAGAAUUAUUGGAUAUGGUUGAAUACGAUGAUUGGUUACCUGAAAUACGGAAUCAAGAACCAAAUUAUUCAAUUAAGGAUUUUGCACUUUUCUUAGAAAAUUUGUUUACUUCAAUUUUUUCAAAUUUACCCCUGUCUUUCAGAACUUUGGGUUUAUUCAGAAGUUAUGAUUUUGUUGCAGAGCAUUUCUUAUUAACGUUAAAAGAUGUUGAAGUUUGUAAUCGUAUUGCUAUCGAAAAUUUCAAUUUAGAUAUCAAACAUUUGGAGGAAUCAAUGAGUAAUUUACAUUCUACCCAACAAGAUAGUCAAUCCGGAGGAGGUAAUGUUGCAUUACAAUCUACAUUCACUGAAUUAAGACAAUGCAUUGAUUUACUAUUACUUGACAACUAUGAAGAAUACAUAAAGAAUCCAACUUUCAGAAUGAGAAAGUUCGAUAGAGUUAAGCUUGAAGACGGUUUGAAGUUAAUUGCUAAAAUGCAACCUACUGAAGAAGAAGAAGCUGCCAUGAAUAUUUCAGGCCACGAUGAUACUUUUAAUUCUUCAGUUCAUAGCAUUGAACUGACAAAUCAAUCCAUGUUAUCUGGAGCCACUGCUUCUAAAUUUGCUAAAUUCAGUAGUAAAUUCAAAAAGAAUACUGAUUACUAA